UAGUCCUCCGGAACCGCCACCCCCGCGUCCUGGGAAGAGGCGCGUCGUCGCGCGCGCCGUCCCGCCCUGUGCUCCUGCGUGACCCGACGUGCUGGGCGCGCACGCAGGAGCCCCGCCCGCGGUGGCCAAGGCCAAGGAGCCGCUAGAGACUUUGCCAGCUGGGGAGAUGGAGGGGGCGUGGCUUCCCCGCUGGCGGGCGGUCGCGGCGCAGUCCCGCCCCCGUCGGCAGCCUCCGCGCGCCAAAAUCAAACCCCAAGACCCGCGGUCCCGGUUACUUGCUGCCGGCGGGAGCUCAGCCUGCGCGUCUGGUCACGUUCGGCAGUGGCGCGAGCCCCAGCGCGCGCACCUGUGGCCGCCUCCUAGCCUUCUCUGUUGGAUGCACUCGGGCCACCACCAGAUUAGAAUGGCCACCCCACCUAAGAGGAGCUGCCCGUCUCCCGCGACCGGCUUUGAGGGGGUCCGCAUCAAGAAGAUUGCCAUCGAAGGGAACAUUGCUUCAGGGAAGACAACAUUUGUGAAUAUCCUUAAACAGGUCUGUGAGGAUUGGGAAGUGGUUCCUGAACCUGUUGCCAGAUGGUGCAAUGUUCAAAGUGCACAAGAUGACUGUGAGGAACUGACACCGUCUCAGAAAAGUGGUGGGAAUGUUCUUCAAAUGAUGUAUGAGAAACCUGAACGAUGGUCUUUUACCUUCCAGUCAUAUGCCUGCCUCAGUCGAAUACGAGCCCAGCUUGCCUGUCUCAAUGGCAAGCUCAAAGAUGCAGAGAAACCUGUAUUAUUUUUUGAACGAUCUAUAUAUAGUGACAGGUAUGUUUUUGCAUCUAAUUUGUAUGAAUCUGACUGCAUGAAUGAAACAGAGUGGACAAUUUAUCAAGACUGGCAUGACUGGAUGAAUCACCAGUUUGGUCAAAGCCUUGAACUGGAUGGAAUCAUUUAUCUUCGAGCCACACCAGAGAAAUGCUUGAAUAGAAUGUAUUUACGGGGAAGAAAUGAAGAACAAGGCAUUCCUCUUGAGUAUUUAGAGAAGCUUCACGAUAAGCAUGAGAGCUGGCUCCUGCAUAGAACCCUGAAAACCGACUUUGAUUUUCUACAAGAAAUCCCCAUCUUAACACUGGAUAUUAAUGAAGACUUUAAAGACAAACACGACAGUCUAGUUGAAAAGGUCAAAGAAUUUUUGAGCACUUUGUGAUUUUGCUGAAGACUACAGGCAGCCAAAUGAUUCCAGAUGCUUCAGCUUUGUGUAUCUUCGUCGUUCCAUAUUCAUACAAGUCUCUAGAAAACCCAGGUUUUUUACCAUUUUUUGUUUCAAGAAAAAAAUAAUUGUUUUGAUGAAUUCUAUAUAAAAGCUUACAAGCAGUUUCUUUUCUUUUUCGCUUUACAAAAAUAAAGACAUUUAAUUAUCUCUCAUGACAGAAAGUCUGAAGGUAGAUGUUUCCAGAGUAAGUGCUGGCUAAAUUACAUCAUAAAGGAUCCAGCCUCCUUCUACCUUUCCUUCAGCAGGUUGGCUUUUUUUUUUUUUUCUUUUCCUGGUGCUUCUUAUUUCACUGGUGACAAGUUUCUUAACUGGGAACUUUAAUGUUACAUAGUAAAUGGUAAGGUAUCCUGUGUAAAUCAGUGUACCUUUAAAGGUGAAAAGUGGAAUUUAAAGAAUCCCUAAAAAAGGAUUAUGAAGUUUUAAAUACUUUUGAUCACAUGUGUUCCCUUCCUUUUAAUUUAUGUGGAAGAUAACACCACCUUAGUAUUUAAUCACGUCAUUGAUAUUUAUUAAUGGGCCUCUAACACAUUAACAAAGGAGCAGGUCAGACUUUGUUCCCAUUUUGUAAAGGCAAAGCCUAGCUUAUAAGUCAUUUAAUCUUUUUUCUGCUUUUAUUUCUAAAUCUGUGGUAUGGGUGAGGCUUCAUUCAUCUUUUUGCAUGGGAUUUUAGAGGAUUAAAGAGGAAAUGAUAACUUAAAAUGUUUCUGUAAUUAAAAGAUAAAUGAGUAUAAAGGUUCAAUUUAUAUGGAGCUUAGUAGCUACCUACUUUCUGUCUUCUCAGACCAUUCUUUUUAGAAUGGGAUAUUAGUCUUAUAGUUAAAAUAUUGGUUUAAAAUAUAACUGUCUUUAACCUAUUUGAGGUGAAAGUAUAGUUUUCCCUAAAUUUCUUCCCAUUUUCAUAGGUAAAACGUUAGUGGAACAUAGCAAGGGAUGUUUUUCCAUUUUAUUUUUUAUUGACCCUGUACUGGGAAUGAGUAGUUUUUCUUUACCUUUACAUGUGGUAAGAAGUCAAAAGAGACACAAGGUAGAUUAUCUUCUUAGCGGUGUAGUCUCUUUUGUCCAGCUCUUUUUUUUUUUUUUAGAAAAUAGCUUGUCACAUGGUAGGGGUUUUUUCCCCCCAGUGUUUAUUUUGAGAGAGAGAAAGCUAGUAUAAGUAUGAGCAGUGAAGGGGCAGAGACAGAGGGAGAGAAAGAGAAUCCCAAGCAGACUCCAUACUGUCAGCCCAGAGUCCCAUGUGGAUCUCGAUCUCAUGAACCCUGAAAUCAUAAUGUUAACCUAAAUCAAGAAUAGGAUGCUCAACCAGCAGCCACCCAGGUGCCCCUCUUUUGUCCAGCUCUUACUUCUUGCCCUAUCCUGCUUUCUUUACUGUCUGGAUUAAUUAGGUAGCCUACUGUUUUAUUUUAUUUAUUUUUUUUAAGUUUUUAUUUAUUUUUUUCUAGUAAUCUCUAUACCCAACAUUCAUCUCAAACUCACGACCCCAAGAUCGAGACUUGCAUGCUCUUCCAAAUGAUCUAGCCAGGUACCCCAGCAGCCUGCUCUUUUAAAGUUUAAAUGAAAGUCACAACAUUUCUGCUUUGAGAACAUCAUGAUCAUUCUUUACUUCAGUUUGCUGUGCUUCUCUGUAGGGUUAUAACUUAGAUUUUUUUUCUCUUCCUUUAAAUUCCUGAUAAUAAUGGUCUUGCUUUAUAUGUUCUAUAUUUUGAAAGCAUUAUCAUUUUUGUUAAAUAUAUAUUAGGAAAGACAUUAGGAAGACAAGGAGGUAGAAUAGUUGUAAUUUUUAAAAAUCUGCAUGGUUUCAUUUUAGGUCUAGAGAUAAAAUGUUUUUUCAAGUUUGUUCAGUUAAGGUGCAGUGUUUUUUCUAUGUUUUUAACCUUUCUAGUUAGAUUUUAGAAAAGUUCUGUUUUUGAAAUGAGUGGAAGAGACACUUUGCCUUUGAAACUAUCAUUUUCCUUUUUAAAAUGUCAUUUUUGUUUUGUUUUGGUUUUUUUGAUAGUCUAAGAUGAUGAUUUUGUAGGUUAAACAGUCUAGAUGCACUGAUCUUUGUAAGGGAGACUUUAUUUCAAAUCCUAUAUUCUUCAUGAAUAUUGAAACUGUCUCAUGAUAUUGUAUGGGUAUUUUUUGUUUGUGUUUGAUACAAAUGAAUUUGUUUAAAUAUUAGCAUAAUAAAUAAAUAUAAUCUCA